AGGAGGCAGGUGUUUAUUCCAACCAGAAACACAAACUGAUUUUACUAAUGAGUCCAUCUUGUCUGGUGUGUUUAUGACAAAAACUGACAAGAAAACCACAAAACAAUAUCUUAGGUUAUGAUGACGCCACAAAAAAUGCACCAACAGUGUUCCUAACUCACUAACAAUUAGGAAGGACAGAGGCUCUCGCUCCACCUACUGACCAACCCUCCCUUUCUGCCCCACUGGCCACAAGUGUAAAGAAAACCAUCCAAGGAUUUAUAGUGAGUGUGGCAUAUAUUGAAGCAUAAGUGCAAUGCUUUUGCAGGGUGAAGUUACAGGAAGUCAAUAGAUUAGGUUUUACUCUCCGAGAUUGCUCAAAACAUAAUCCCUUCACAUUUCCACUUCUUUGACUGUGUUAUCAUCGCUAUACGCUGAGACUCCAGCUAAUGAAGCAGAUGCAAAGAUGACUGUCGAGUACCGUGCCUCUACAGUGACAAACAUGGACAUGGACAACAGUAAAACUGGCUAUAAGCAAUUUUUCACAGAUGGCAGCAAGCUGCAGUACUCAGUGUAUGCAUUGAGAAACAGCCCUUUCCGGGUCGCUACAGUUUGCCUUGGGAUCCUGUGUGUUCUCCUGUUGGCUGUGGUCAUAGGUCAGAGUACCCACUACCGAAAAGUAGAGCAAGAGCAUCAGAUCAACCUAAAAGCCAUGAGCAAAGAGAGAGAGGAUCUACAGGCGAACCUGAAGACAGUGGGAAAAGAGAAAGGAAAUCUUGAGGCCAGCCGUGAGCAGUUACAGAACAGUUACAAUUACUUAUCGAAAAUGAGAGACAGGCUACAGAUCAAUAACAAUUUACUGACAACAGAAACAAACAGUCUAAAAGUUAGCCAAAGCCAGUUACAGGCCAGUAACGCUGCUUUAAGCAAAGAGAAAGAACAGCUAAAAGCCAGUAAAGACCUGUUGGAGACUAAUAACAAUGCCUUGUCUAAGGCCAAAGACUUGUUACAAAAACAAUACGAUUCAGUGGUCAGACGCAAAAAUGAGUUACAGGUCAGUUAUAACUCAGUGUUCAAAGACAAAGAGAAUUUACAGAACAAAAUCAAUAAUGUGACCAGAUCAAAAGAGCAGCUGCAGUUGAGUUACAACGCCUUGAUCAAGGAUGUAGAGCAUUUGCAGGACAGAUACAACUUCUCUUCCAAUGAGAAUGACAAGCUAGCAAGCAGUCACAAAAACCUGACGAUAGAUAGAGACACUCUGCAGGAAAGUUACAACCAAAUUGUAAAAAUGACAGAUGAGUUGCAGGCUGCUUACGCAUCCUUGGUUAAGGAAAAAGAAGAGCUUGAAAGCAGUUGCAAAAAUGUAACUUUGGAGAGAGACCUGCUGAAGGUGAAAUACGACAACCUGACUGCUCUGGGAGACCAAGGUAAGAAAUGCCCUUCUGGGUGGAAGAAGUUUGAGUACAGCUGCUACUUCACUUCUGUUGGCACGAAAACCUGGAAUAUGAGCAGAGAAUUCUGUCAAAGCAAAAAAGCAGACCUGGCAAUCAUAACAAGCCAAGCGGAAAUGAGCUUCAUCAAUGGCUUGUAUGGAAGUGACAAAGAAGUCUGGAUUGGACUGACUGAUGGAGGAGUAGAAGGGCAGUGGAAAUGGGUAGAUGGGACACCACUGACGACAGCGUACUGGGGUAAAGGCCAGCCCAACAGCUAUAACGGGAGGGACCAGGACUGUGUGGAGUUCUGGCACCGUGCGACAGGGAAAGGCGACUGGAAUGAUGAGAACUGCAACAUAGAACAAAAUUGGAUCUGUGAGAUGUAGUUUUCCUGUACAGAGAAGCCUAGAGGUUUGGCUAGCCUUGCUGGCCACUGUCUGGUACUGAUGAUCAUCACCUAAUAUCAGUGUAGUACAGAGAAAUAACAGCGAGGUUCGACUCCCUGUUUGCUUAAAAAUCUAUAUUUUGUCAUCAAUUAUCAGUUAUCAAUUUCCACACACUGACAUGCAGCAUUGCUGACAGCUAUAGCCUGAAAUUUACUGUUUUGUGAUGAGUAAUGUAUUAUGAAGUUAAAUCAUCCACCAACCGACAUUUUUAAAUAAUAACGAUUGAUUUUCAGUUUACCUAUAUGUAGAAAAAGACACUUCCAGAUUACGUCAAACUAAUUUGCUACUGUGAUUAAUUGAUUCACUGACCAAUGAAUGCAUUUUUCCAAGACUUCUACUCAUUAAUCAGUUCCUGUUAAGCUAGUGAUGGACCAGCUGGGUGGAGUUUAAGCUUGCUUUAAAAUGUGUCCUCUAGCACCAGGCCCUGCUCUGCUGGCCCUGAACUGCUGGUGAAAAUCAACCAACAGCUAAAAGAGAAGCAAACGUGGUGAAAGUGAGAUAUUUCUUGUUGGCCGUUUCGUGUUUAGUCAUAGCUUCUUGUGUGACCAGAAAGGCACAAGUCAGCCAAUAUGAAGUUUCAUAAUGAUGCAGGGGAAAUGAGUACCAGCAAUAUACUGUAUUAUGCAUGAUCCAAUAUGUAUUAACACCAUUCAGUCUGUGCUUUAACUAUUUAAAUUGCGCAUGGAAAAAAGGGCUGCUUACAUUGCAAUGAAAAUGUUUCCUUUGCUUAUUUUAUAUUUUUAUAAACACGUUUUAUAAAUUGAUUCAUGUAAACAUAAAAUGAGUGAUUUUAAAUAAAAUAAUUCACCUCA